UUACAACAAUCAUGAAGGAAGUUGUGUUUACUUAUAUCUGUAACUCUUAUUGACACGGAUGUUAGCGUGCAGAGGGUCAUAAUGUGGGAGGAAAACGGGGUACCCAGAGGAAACCCACGUGGUAUAGACAGGAACAUGAAUACACUUUCCUAAUUACUGUACACCUAUGAUAAAGAUAUUCAGACCUUGUCAUAACUCUGAUAUAUCGGUGGCUUUUUCAGUAUAUGAUAAAUAUUAUUUAUAUUUUGUCCCUAGUCCAGUUAAAGUUAUAACUUUAAAAAAACAACAACUGCUUAUUUAUCCGCAAAAAUGCAUUUGGAACAUUACGAGCUCAAAAACUUGUUAUUUACAAUAAAAUAUUAUGCCAAAGGUAAGCAUACCUAUCAAUAUUUCUGUUUGUGAAAAUUGUUAUACUAUCUUUAUUACAACUUACUAAGAAGAAUGAAGAAUAUUGAUACAAAAACCUUUUAAACAGUAGUUUUAUAUUAUCAAUACCAUGCGUAAGUGACGGUCAUUUUCCUUGCACUUUGAUUCGUGCAAGAAUUAGAGAGAAGUCAUCAUAAAUUGUCAUUUACAUUCUAAAUAUUUAAAAAAAAGAUCGUGACAUUCUGUAUAAUGGAAGUCUUACACAAAUACACAAAAAAAUAUCUUGAUUUUGCGAUCUGUCCUUAACCAUUGUCAUCCCAUAAUUUGGACUGUAAAUCACGGUUUGAAAAUAAUAUUUCACAUCAAGGAAAGUAAAAGAUUAACACAAUUUCUCAAACCUAAAAAUUACGGCAUAACAAGCGAAAGUGAAACUACAACGAUAGGCUAUGACGGUACUUGGAAAAAACUCGGUUGAGUUAAAAAUAAAGUCUUUCGGUAAAAAGAAUGAGUGGAGGACGAGGACGAGGACGAAGAAGACAAAUACCGCCUUUAGAGCGGAGAUACGGGUACUUCCGUUGUACAUCGUGUAACAGACAUUGGGAGAGCGCCCAUGUGUACUGUAUCAAGAAAACAAGAAAGGUAUUCUUCAAACAAGAAUGCGAGAACUGCAGGAGAGCAUGUAACCCGUACAAAGUAGAAGUCAUAAAAUGUGGUAAUUGUGGAUUACCUGCAAACAUAUGUAAGGGAAAGUGUGGCUACGAUAACGAUGACGAAUUUGAAGACGACGAAGAUGAAAAUGGCGAUGAAAACGACAGCAACGCCUCUUACAACAAGCACCACGUGGAUCCAAAAAAGCCACACCGAGCAGAUCUGUGCCAAAAGUGUCAGUCUGGCUGGAAGUGUGUGUAAAUUCUUGCCUAGUUCAGUUUCACUCAAGCGAGAACAUGGCGUCAUUUGUCGGUCGCCAAUGCUUGGGAAUUGUGUCCAUUAACAUGCUAAUUACUGUUCAUGGGAUAAAGGGUUUAAUUGAUUUUUUUCAGGACUGUUUCAGUCUUAUUUUCACGACUGUAAUCCAACAACUUAGCACUAGCAGUGCCACAACCGAAGUGAACGUAUGCUUCCGUCCUGUUGAGCAGGGUAUUUGGGGAGGAUGAGAUCAACACCGCAGGUUCAAAACAGGAAACCUUCGACUUGUCGGAGUAUGUAUUGACUGCAGAUUAGAGAUUAUAAAUGGUUUGGUAUGGACAUACUUGUACUCACACAGAGAGAAAAUUCCCUGACUCUAGACGGAAAUAGUCCGCUCCAAAGGAGUAAACCACUGAAAAACUCGAUUUGCAAUGAGCGCUUCAUCUUGUAGGCGUUCUCUAUAGUUAGCACACGCGAGAUUUGGAUAGGCUACAUUAACACCACAGACAGUUAUAUACAAUACAUUACCAACUUGAUUUUAAAUAUGUCUGUAACUAAUAGUAAACUAGAAUAUGUCUUUGACCUCUCUUCUUUAUAUUUUGAAUAAUGGGGUGUUCUUUUCUGUACGCGAUUAAUUUUACACGCUAUUGAAAGCCUAUUUCAUGUUUUAUCAUUUCAAAACGACAAAAGCGUAAAAAAAAUUUCACAUAAACAUAAUAUUUUGAAAAAUACGAAAACACGCUAGAUGGUUCGAAAACUAUUAUGGCAAAAUAUGAUUAAAAUCCAGGGUCUUGAAGUAUUUUUAUUUAUUUAUUUAUUUAUUAACCUGUUUUUUUGUAGUUUACACAUUAGUAAAACGUUGUUUUUCCCAAAUUAAUUGAGUGUUUGUUAUUAUUAGUUCAGUUAAAACAAAUCUUCAACAGUUUUAUCGCACAAACAUCACAAUCAUAGAAAAGAAGUAAAAUUGCACUAUAACCUAACAAACGGAAUUUCAGCCUUACCUCACAAACAACAUCACAUUCUUACAACACAAACAACAUCACAUUCUUACCACACUAACAACAUCACCAUCUUACCACACUAACACAACAACCUUACCACACUAACAACAUCACAAUCUUACCACACAAACAACAUCACCAUCUUACCACACUAACAACAUCACAAUCUUACCCCACAAACAACAUCACCAUCUUACCACACAAACACAACAACCUUACCAC